GCACACAAUGGAUGCACCAUGGUUUUUUGACUUCGUUGUUCGGGGGGACCUUUUUGGGCCAGCUGUUUUCAUGCGACCCACUUGCGUUCCAGACAGUGGGGGAGCAGUCAACGUUUUUCCUCUCGGUGCCAUCGUCUCGUGCACCAAGGCUUCUGGAGGUUACCUCAAGCUGCACACUAACGGCUUGUACGACGAGUGCAGACAGCCUGUCGGAGGUGUUAAGGGUGUUAUGGUGACCAUUAAGAGUUUCGCGGGGUACGGCUCGAACAUGACAUUGUGCUCUCACUUCAAAGGCCUUUACGACGGGGGCAGCAAGCGUCUUCCAUCACCAGAGCAAUAUCUCGAUCUCGCGCUGAUAGUGCCGAAAGGACGUCCGGUUCUUCCGCGAGAACAUGUUUUUCAGCUUCUGCCACCCCAUGAGGGGUCGUCCGGCUUGGCUCAAGAAACUCCAUGGACGGCAGUGGGGCGCGGGAGUGCUAUUCACGACGCUGGGGGUCUGGUCAAGGGGCUCGCGCGCAGCGUUCGCACGCAGGUCGGCCCGGAUGGUCCUGUGGACACGUCGGACUUGCAUUAUCAGGGUACAGGUACUCAACGGGUCGGUACUCCGAAACUCCUCAAGGUCCGCUGCCAGGGCGACACGUAUUCUCUUCGAGAUGAGACGCGAAAAGAAACCGGCAGAUCGGGGCAAGAUGUCGGAGGGAUUGCGGUUGAAGGGAUAGGCGCUGUCCGCGAAAGAUCUUGCGGGGAGCUGACUUCUUCGGAGAAGAAGCGCGAGCGACACAGGAUGGUGCGAGAGGAGGUGGCGGAGGAAACCCUCCGCAUGAAGAGGAUGAGAGGAAAAUCGGAGGCGGGGAUGGGCGGGGAUGAAGGUGACGUCGGAGAACGUGCGUCGGGAAAGAGGCCGUCGAAAAAAAAGGGUGCGACGGCAAGUUCGAAAGCGAGGAGGCCCGACAGUUUGACCAUCCGCGAAGGACAAGCCAUGGGUGGAGGAGAUUCGGCUCAUCCAGGCGUUGAGGCCGCGAGAGAACCUUCGGGGAAAUCGAAACGGAAAGUGGUCUGCGACAUCCCGGCUUGGGAAAGAUAUUACAACCACCGCAGUCUUAGUCGCAAAACUGUGGACGAGAUCAAGGCUGCGAUGCAAAGUAAGUUCCUAUACGAAAAGGGGAAGAUCUGGACGAAAAACCCUUCGGUUCUGGCACCCAUCUACAAGCCGGUGACGCGUAGUCCGGAGAAAGAUGACAGGGUUCACAAAGAUGUCUUCAAGCCAGAGGACAAGGACAAGUACUACUAUUACCCUGUUAACGGACAACACACCAUGGUUGCUGUGAAGGAGUUGGAGGGUGAGCCAAUGUUCAACUUGUGGAAGAUGCACUCGUGGCCGGCAAGAGUAGUGUGGUUCUCCGACCAAGAUUUCGCGGGAUAUAGGCAGUGUCUUGCCGACAUGAUCGAUGUCGAGAAACUGUCGAUCCUCGACGACAUUCUCGCACUUAGGGGAGUAUUCUUGCAAUCGGCAACCAGGCAUCUGAAGCGUCAGCAUAAACCUGGAAUUAAAGACAUGGUUGCGACGAGGAAAGUGGACCGUGUGAUUCUCCGUAUGUUUCACUACAUCUUGUUCCUUGAAACGGAGGAGGACGAACGUGUUUGGCGCCCUGGGAGUCCUUUUUUCCGGACUGAGGGGCGACUUAUGGAGGACUUCGGGCCGCAGGGCCUCACGAAACAGGUGUGGGUCGAAAUGCGAAAGCAUUUCCAGGGCGCGGUGGAGUACGUGAACACUUGCAAACGUACUCUUCCACACGAGAAGGAGUCCCUCGACGACGCGAAGAGAUUGUACGAGGAUGACAGUUUCUUGAAAGGCAUGGCCAGGCUUAGCGUCCAUCACAUCAGGAUAGGGAAGUGGGUGCACAAUGCACAAAAGCAUGCCACUGUCCGGGAAGGCAAUAUGCUGGUUGAGGAGUGUGACCGCCUGUACGUGAUUUUUAGUGGCGAGAAGCUGGAAGACAACACAUUCGCAGUCUACCCGGCCAGUAGCCCGACAAAGGCUUCCCGUGCUCAUGGUCCAAGUCCGGCCAAACACACGGUGGCGACCCGCUCGAAAGCUGUCUGUUCGUCGGACCCAUCAGGACAGGCUGUGGUGUGUUUCGAUGUGGCGAAAGAGGACAUGUUCUCUCGUAGCAUGUGGGAGAACGGCGGCGUGACAAGUUCUCGUGGAGCUGCUUACGGGGAGAUGGAGCGGAACCCAUCCCAUCUAAUUGGUCUGCUCGAAAACUUUUGCAAAGCUGGGCAAACUGUUUUUUUCUUUGGGAAGGCGCAUGCGUCUGUCGUGUGGGAGCUCCUGCACACCGGUCGGAAUGUCGUCGCGUUGGAGAAGGAGGCGAAGAUGAUCGAUUACCUUCACGAGUUCGUGAAGGCACGCGUUGAAGACACUCGCAAUGCUUGCGAGUUUGUCCAGACCACCGGCGAACGAAACUGGGAUCCCAAACGUGACAUGUAUUGGAAAUUGUCGGGGAACAAAAGGACGGAGGUUUGGGACUUCCUUUUCGAACCCGGACCUCCUGGUGCGACCGACCUCGAAUACAGUCGAGGGAGAAACCUAGUGUUCAGUGUGCUCAAUGGGUACCACGAUGCACCCAGGGAGUCUGUCUCGCAUUUCCUAAGAAGGCUGGAGCACGUUUACCUCACGCUGGCCGAACUGCUCACCCUCGAGAACUCCAAGUCGCAGUUUGACGAGGAGGACCCUUUCGACACUGAAGACGUGGAGGAGUUGAGCGACUCUGAAACCUUCGAUUUCGAGUCCAUGCCACUUCCUCGGGUGGUUGGACAGGUUGGUGAUGAAGAGGAAGGUGGCCCUCGGAGAUAUAGCACGUCCCCUGGCGGUUUGAAGCGUGUGUUUCGGCGUGAACCAGUCGACGACCAAUUGUCUGAUGACGGGGAGGAAGAGAGAGACUAUGAUCACGAACCUUGUGACAGGCUCCCUGUGGACCAUGACACCUGGGGGAAUGACAGACUCUACUUCUUCGGCAAGCAUCACCGGUUCACGUCGGAGGAUGUCUGGGGACACAACGUCAUCUGGCACCCAAGGAUAUUCCAACCUGGUGUGGAGAAUGGAAUGUGGGUCAUGGCAAUGAAGGAGGCCGAUGGCAAGUGGAGUGGAAUGAAGAGACUGGGAGCGGGUGCAUUUAAGAGAAUGGCGAGAAAAACUCCGGUGGAGCAUUUGAGUCUUAUGAACCCCGGAAGGAGCAAUGCGGACGUCGCUGCGUAUGCAGUACAAAAGCUAAAUGAGUUGUACGCCAACAACAUGUUGGAGUUUCGAGCGACUUUCUACACACUCGAAACGGCAUCGUCUCGUGGCAUUGACUGGCGCAUGCCGCAACCUCCGUCGGGCGGUCAGCAUCCGAGAGGGGGUGGAGGAGGUGACGAAGGAGACGGCGGAGGUGGCGGAGGAGACGGCUCACAGUUUGCCGGAAAGGGGACGGGCGAGACAUCGUCGGUAGAGAAGGCGUCCGGCGGAAAGGGGCCAGGCGGAAAGGACUCGGGCGGAAAGGGGUCGGGCAGGAAGGGGUCGGGCGGGAAGGGGUCGGGCGGGAAGGGGUCGGGCGGGAAGGGGUCGGGCGGGAAGGACUCGGGCGGAAAGCGUAGAACGUCCGAGAGUCCACAGUAUAUGGAAACUGACCCCCACUGCGUAGGAGGUGCGUCCGUGGACACUGACAGCGAAGACGUGAAGGGGCUAGACGCACGAGCGCUGGUGAUCGGGACGUCCGAAAAGGUUCUGCACAGUCGUUCGGCUGUGGCCAGGACGCGAGAGGGUAUCCUUGAGGGAGGUCAGUGGACGUUCGUGCACGCUCCCGGUCUUGGCGACAAUGAAGGCGAAGAAGAACCCGCGGUGGAAGCUCGGGUUCAUGGCGAUGAGAAAGGCGGAGAACUCGUGGUGGAAGGCGGUGAGGUGACUGUCAGCAUCCAGACGGAUCCACAAUGGAAAGAUGAUGAUUCUUCGCCCACCCGUUGCGGUGAAGAACAACAGGGUGGUCGAGCGUCGGUCCUAAGCACCACUCGGGGAAUGGUGCUUCAUGAAGCCAUGGAGUUGGGUGACGACUCGACUGCCACUGAGCUGGUUAGCGACUCAGGCGUGGCCGAGAUGCAGAACCUCCAAUCCUCCGUGGAAGGCGGUGAGGUGGCCGUCAGCAUCAAGAUGGAUCCAGAGCGGAAAGAUCAUGAUUCUCUGUCCAGCCGUUGCGGUGCAGAACAGGGUGAUCGAGCGACUGUCCUCAGUACCGGACGGGAAAUUGUGCUUCAUGAAGCCAUCGACUUGCCUAGCGACUCAGCUGCCACCGAGAUUGUUAGCGACACAGCCGUGGCCAAAUGCAGAACCUCGAAUCGUCCGUGGACGUUGCCGCAGUGGUGCGACAAGAGGGCGAGUUCCCUCGAAGGGCUCCCGAGCACGGUGUGAGGUUGUCAAUGUCCCUGCCCAUGAAGCCUAUAAAAGCC